AUGCUCAUCGCUCAGACUCUGGAACCCUUUGCACGCACUGCAAAAUCUAAGACAAUAUCCUACGUACGAGACGGACUGCUGCGAGUCCCUCCGAAGCUCAUAAGCCUCCAAUUCAUGCUCUGUGAGAGAGGUCCAGUCAUACUACUCAGGUUAACUCAGUCUUCAUCCAAUUUCCUGAGAAAGAGCCGCACAACCAUAGGACCACCUCAUCUGAGCACGACUGGCUUUAAAUUCAGUGUAUCAACAUCAUCGCGGCUCCACUUUCGGAGUUCGAAGAGAUUGGUUCCCGUUGGACCACCAAGUUAUAUCAGCAUUGUUAGAAUUUUGAAAGAAACUCUACCGUUUCCGGCGAAGACAAAGGAAGAGGGUAUAAAUUGGUCGAACAUUCGUAUGGGCUUCUGGAAGAUAUGCUUCGCAAGAGCAGCACAUGCGCCGCGAAGUUCACCGUUGGGUAUAGUGUCAUCAGAAAAGAUCAUGGCGGACGCUCCCAGGAUCACCAGGAAGCGUGCAGCGGAAGAGAACAAAGAGCAAGGACGACAGCGCCCUCGACGUACGCCUGAGCCUGAGGAGAAGCAGAGCACUCGUCAGAAGACCAGUCCUGGAGGACGUAAACGACGAAAAGAUGACCAUCAGCCGGAGGAGGCCACCGAAUCUCCACCCUUGACCAAAGCUGAAAAGGCUCGACAGAACAAACAACAGAAACAAGCUGAUGAAGCGGCCAAGAAGGAGCAGGAGAGGAAAGUAAGAAAGGCUGUGGAGACAGCAAAGAAGGAGGAAGAAGCCAAAAAGAAGAGGGAGCAGGCAGCUAAGGUGAAAGCUGAUCUUGAGGCCAGGAGAAAGGCGCAAGAUGAAUAUGAAGCCGAAGCCGAAGCCGCCGAUCCUGAGACCGACAACCCACCAAAGAGGGCCGCUCCAAUGAAAAAGAAAGGCAAAGUAGCAGUGAAGGACAACGCCGAGGAAAAGGAAAAAGAGCCCGAGAAACCCAAGCUUACCUUCAAGAAACGCCAGCGCCUGGGGAACUUAGCAAACCUCGCUACCUCUCUCGCUAACUUCAUUCAAGACGAAGUGGAUGAUGAUCCCAAUGGUGUGUACGGAGACAUGGGUGACCAAGCUAUGGAGCUUUCCGACGCGCUCAAGGCGCUCCACAAAUCUCAGGCUCCAGCAAAGUCCAAGGCAAAGAGCAAGAAGCCAGAGGGGAACCAAGAAGAGGAGGGGGAGAAGAAGCCUGCAGCAGUCAAGCGCAAGCGACCCAUAAGGAAGAUCGAAUCUUCUGACGAUGAUGAGGAAAAGGACGAUGGACCGGCUGCCAAGCAAAUGUCGCUCCACUUUGGAACUGUUCUUAACAUUCGUUCACCAGACUACAAUUUAAUGUUUGAGUUCCCAUUUCCGGAUACGAACAAAGGGUGUCUGCAUCGGCGUUAUUGGGAAUUCGAAAUCCUUGGACUGAAUGUGACUCCAAUAGGACAAAGGACGUUCUUCAGCUGCCGCUUCUUGUCAGCUUCUGUGCAUUCCCCAGAAUUCGUCCGAAGAUUGAUUGAUCCAUCCGCGAAUGAGACUGAAAUACUCAUGGGUCCCAAGCGCAAGAAACCUGCUGCUGCGGCGAAGAAGACAAAUUCGUCUCCCAAAGCAACUAGAACUACCAAACCAUCCCCCAAGCCUUCCACAACCAAACCACCAAAACCCACCACUCGAUCUUCCCCGACAAUCGAAGAAGAAGAAGAAGAAGAAGAAGAAGAAGAAGAAGAAAUCCUCCUCCCUCCCAAACUUCCCACAAAACUCCGAGACAAAUCUCAACCCAAAGCUCGCGCAUACCAAUACUAUCUCCUCUCCAGAAUUCUAGCGAACCUCAUCGAAAUCGAGAACCAGGAUCGGAAAGGCGAUGGGUUCUAUGGGGAUGUGGCGGAUGCGACGAGAGCUAAUGGGAAGGUGGUUGAUGAGUGGGUUCAUGAGAUUGAGGAGGAGAAGGGAACGAGGGGAGGGAGAAAGAAAAUUUGUCACGGCAUUCCUUCCGCUUUUUUCCUCGCGCGCGGGAGGUGUUUUUUUUUUGGGAUUGUACCCCCGGACUCUCAAAAUGCUGCUUUACACCUCAUGCUUUUCAGUCGCAACGAGAGAGCCAUGACCAUUCCGGACGCGAACGCUCAAUAUCCGCCCGCCGCCCCGCGCCUUUCUUCUGGCCAAACCACGGCAUGUCUUCUGUUCCGAUAA